CAAAUGAAAAAAAAAGAAAAUAAGAAAGCGCCAAUAUUCUCCCUCCUCAACACUUUCGUUUCCCUCUCUCUCUAAAAAAUUUCGAAAGCUAUUGUCGUUUCGUUUUCCCUCUCCACAAUCUGUUUUCGUUUCUCCUAAAUUGCUCCCUCCUCUGAUUCUGGAGUCUACUCCACAAACCCAAUCGAGAAGUAUCUCUUUCGAAUUACGUAUCUCAGCUUCUUUCUAGGGUUUGUUUCACAUCUUCUUGCCAUGGCUCUGGAUGACGUGAAACCUUCCAAUCGCAAAACGAACCCGGGCGUUCGAGUCGUCGGUGGAAGAAUCUACCACUCUAGUAACGGCAAAUGCUGUCACCAGUGUCGACAGAAGACGCUAGACAUUGUUGCCUCCUGCAAAGCCAUUAAGAAGGAGAAACAAUGUGCCAUUAGCUAUUGUCAUAAGUGCUUACUUAACAGGUAUGGUGAAAAGGCAGAAGAGGUGGGCGCCUUGGCUGAUUGGCGUUGUCCUAAGUGCAGAGGCAUCUGCAACUGUAGUCUCUGCAGGAAGAAACGAGGGCAAAGUCCAACAGGGAUAUUGACACACAUAGCUAAAGCAAGUGGGCUAUCAUCAGUCUCUAAGCUUCUAGAGGUUGAGGGUGAUGAUAAGUUUUCUUAUCAGAAGAAAAAGCCUAAGCUGGAGAAUGUUUCCAGUGGAGAUGUUAUUGCCAAGGAUAGCAACAAAGCGGCGGGCAAGAUCAAGAACGGCUUCCCAAAGGCAAAGCUGGAGGAUGCUUUUGUUGAAGAUGUUGUUGCCAAGGAGAACAACAAAGCGACGGGCAAGAUAAAAAAAGUCUCGAAUAAGACCAAAACUGGCUUUCCAAAAGCAAAACUGGAGGAUGCUUCCGUUGAAGAUGUUGUUGCCAAGGAGAACAGCAAAGCGACGGGCAAGAUCAAGAAAGUCUCGAAUAAGACCAAAACCGGCUUUCCAAAGGCAAAACCGGAAGAUGCUUCCACUGAAGAUGUUGCCAAGGAAAACAAGAAAGUUGCAGGCAAGAUCAAGAAAGCUUUGAAUAAGACCAAAAAUGGCUUUCCAAAGGCAGAACCGGAGGAUGCUUCGGUUGCAGGUACAUAUGUUGCCAAGGAGAACAACAAAGCGGCUGGCAAGAUCAAGAAAGCCAAAGUCACUAACAAAGUGAAAGAGGAGGAGAUUCAGAUUGAGGCUAAACUUCCUAAUGGUAUAAGCUUGACUAACGUCUCAGGCAUUGACAUACCCAUUGAAGAAACUGGAAAUGUAUUGCAGUUUCUUGAGUUUUGUUCAGCCUUUGGAAAGGCUCUUGAUUUGAAGCAAGGACAUGCUAAGUCAAUAGUUGCUGCUAUUUUUGGAAGUGGGCGUAACACAAGGAGACAACAAUAUUGCUCUGUUAUACCGAUGAUGAUCCAGUUGAUGCAAUUAAUAUCACAUGAUAGAGAUAUGUCUUUGUCUCUAAGUGCAACAGAUAGCACUUGGUUCAGUUCUCUUGGAGAGUGCCUAUUGCAGUCAGGAGUUCUGAGUGAUGUUUUCCGACCUGAAACUUUCAAAUCCGGUGUCUCAGAGUAUAAGAAAAUGGAUGCAUCAACAAGGCUCAAGCUUCUCAACUUCUUAUGUGAUGAAUCACUUUGCACAUUGAAAAUGAGAAAUUUCAUUGAGGACAAAAGUAAGGAGUCUGAAACCAAGGAAAGGGAAGCAAAAGAAAAGGCUGCAGCUGCAAAGGAAAAGGAGAAACAACAGAGGCAGAAGAUUCAAGGUGAUCUUAUCAAAGCCCAUAUGGAAAAAAACGGAGCUCCAUUGUCCAUUGAAGAGCAUCACAAAGUUUUGGCUCAAAUAAAAGCUGAAGCUAAAGAAGCUCAUGGCGAGAUGCUGAAGGCAACUUCUAGAAAGAGGCAACGAUGUGAUGCUGUUAGAACUGACCCGAUCCUUUUGAAUGAUGAUGGUCUUGCUCUCUGGAAACUCAAGUGCUUUGAGGAAGAACCAAAGUUUUUGCUUCAAGAUCUAGGAACCUUUGAUGAUUUAUCUCCAGAUGAAAAAUGGUUAGCUUUCAAGCCUGAGCAGAAACAAGAGAUAGAGAAGUAUAUCUCUUCUAAUAGGAUGAAAAUGAUGCUAGCACAAAAGAAUGCAAAUGUGGAAAUCAAUUAAAGAACGAGAAUAGGCCAUCACCAUUCAACUUUCAGUAUUCUAAAAAGUUCAACUCAUAUCUUCUCUUUUUGUCAUUUUGGCUUCUUUUGUAAGCUCGGCCUAAUUGUAUUGUAUGAUAUUGACAUGAUAUGCUUGUCUAUGCCUCAGACUCUUACUAUAUCUUCUCCGUUUGUCAUUUUGGCUUCUUUUGUAAGUUCGGCUUAAUUGUAUUGUAUGAUAUGGACAUGAUAUGCUUGUCUAUGCCUCA